CCUGCUGUUGUGCGUCUGUCUCCUUUCCUGUGUUGAGCGUGAGUCAUGGAGCGGAGAUGGAAUGUUGCGUUUCGGUGCUGUUUAUUUGCGUUUAACGACUGAGCGUAUAACUGGCAGAGGCCGGAGAACUGUCAAUGAAACAGUUCAGCAGUUCGGAUCUUUAAAUAUUUUUACCCGGCGCCAAGGCAUUAGCUUGGUCACACCCCAACGAGUCAUUACGGGCGGGGGCAAAGCACUUGAGAUGUGCGACAAUGAAGCGAAUACGCACAGAGCAGAUUCAGCUGGCUGUCACUUGCUACCUGAAACGUCGCCACUAUAUAGAUACAGAAGGGUCUCUCAAACAAGGAUUGCGAUUGUGUCAGUCAGCAGAAGAGAUGGCAGCUAAUCUUUCUGUCCAAGCAGAAUCCAGUUGCGCCAAUGUGGUGUCCUCAGCCCCCUGUCAGGUUGAGCCUCAGCAAUAUGAAGUUCAGUUUGCAAAGCUACGGAAUUUUCUUUCUGAUGUGGAUUCUCCUCACAGCCGUGAAGUCACAAGCCUCCUUUAUCCUCUCUUCGUCUACCUCCAUUUGGACAUGGUACAGAACAGUCUAAAGAGUGCUGUGGACAGUUUCUAUAGUCGCUUCCAUGGCAUGUUCUUGCAGCUCCCUGGGCAGAGAGACAUUGUUGAGCAGCUGCAGACAACGAUGACCAUACAGGAUAUCCACUCCAACUUUAAAUUGCGAGCUUUUCUUGAUAACAAGUUUGUCGUCCGCCUCCAGGAGGAAAGCUAUAACUACCUUCUCCGCUAUCUUCAAAGUGACAAUAACACUGCUUUGUAUAAGGCGAUCACCCAACACAUUCAGUUAGAUGUACAGCCACUAAAAAGGACAGAGUACCAGCUUUAUGCCUGCAGUGGGUCAUCGUCACGGGGAGAGAGCAGCAGCCUUGAUCAAGCAGAUGUGCCUGCUCCCAUUUUACAGAACGAAGCCGCACUCGAGCAGCUCCAGGACUGCAUCAAACGAGUAAAAGAUGGUCCUCCCUCACUCACCACCAUCUGUUUCUAUGCUUUCUACAACACUGAGCAGCUACUGAACACUGCUGAGAUAUCCCCUGACAGCAGACUUCUGGCUGCCGGCUUUGACAACUCCUGUGUGAAACUAUGGAGCCUAAGGUCAAAGAAACUGAAAUCUGAGCCUCAUGAAGUGGAUGUGUCUCGAAUACGGCUGGCUUGUGAUAUUUUAGAGGAGGCUGAAGAGGAAGACCAGGGCGGAACAGAAUUGAAGAUACUUAGGGGACACUCUGGGCCAGUGUAUAGCACCCGCUUCCUAUCUGACAGUUCCGGCCUCUUGUCAUGCUCUGAGGACACAUCUAUACGCUAUUGGAAUCUUGAAACUUUUACAAAUACUGUCCUAUAUCAAGGCCAUGCCUACCCAGUCUGGGACUUGGAUGUCAGCCCUUGUAGUCUGUUUUUUGCAAGUGGGUCUCAUGAUCGUACUGCCAGGCUAUGGUCUUUUGACCGGACGUUCCCAAUAAGGAUAUUUGCUGGGCAUCUAGCUGAUGUUGACUGUGUAAAAUUUCACCCCAAUUCCAAUUACUUGGCCACAGGUUCUUCAGACAAAACAGUAAGAUUGUGGAGCUCCCAACAGGGUAAUUCUGUGAGGCUUUUUACAGGACACCGUGGGCCAGUUUUGGCCCUUGCUUUCUCCCCAAAUGGUAAGUAUUUGGCCUCUGCUGGAGAAGACCAGCGCCUCAAAUUAUGGGAUUUGGCAUCAGGUACUCUCUAUAAGGAACUGAGAGGACAUACAGACAAUAUCAACAGUCUCACAUUUAGUCCAGAUAGCAGCUUGAUUGCCUCUGCAUCCAUGGACAAUUCAGUUCGGGUAUGGGAUAUCCGAAAUACGUACUGCAAUGCCCUUUCUGAUGGGUCAUCCAGUGAACUAGUAGGUGUUUACACUGGGCAAACAAGCAAUGUUUUAAGUGCACAGUUUAUGGCUUGUAACCUUCUUUUGGUAACUGGGAUUGCACAAGAAAACCAGGAACAUUAGUUUGGUGUUUGUAGAUGUGUUGGAGAUUUCAUAUGCCUUGUAUGAAAAGAGUGAAAAAACAAAUAACAAAGCCCAUUCUGCAAAAGUUUUCAAUAUGGAAAUAUUUAAGGGGACAUAAAAAGCUAAAAAUAUUAUUUAAAAAAAGAAAUGCCAUUUAGUCUGUUAAACACCAAUUCUUAUUUCAUCCUCCCCUGAGGAGCCAUGCUUCCCUGUCGGUCAAAUGAGCAUACAGUUAUAAGAACUUUCACCAUUGUGCUUAUAUAUGUUUAUUUGCUUUUAAUUAAAAAGGACAUUAACCCGUAGAAACGCCACUAAGGAUUUACUUUACUGUGAUUAACAAAAAAAAAAUUGCUACUGCAAAAUCUCUAAAUCUGGAAGUUUGUUAUAAAAUUAUUCUAUAAAAUCGUAGAUCAAAAGUAUUUCCUGCAUACAAUAUUUUUUUAUGUGUUUUUACAUGUGAAGAAUGUACUCAAACACUGCCCCAAGUACCGUUAAGGGUGGGUUAUUUAAUAAUAAAAAAAAACAAAUGCCCUUGUCUAGUAACAGUAAGUUAUUAAAAUACAUAUGAAUUCUUGCUCAUCAGUUUGUGCAGAUAUAUUUAUAGCUGCUGUACCCUACCUACAGAAAAGCUAAUUAAACUGUAUGUUAUAAUUCCACUGUAAAUGGUGCACUAAACAUCAAUGUUGGAAAAGUAUUUAAUAUCCCUCUACUAUAGUAUACAGGAAAUAAAAUGUACAGAUAUUUGUGUUGCUCUAUUUGCAAAUUAUACCUUUUUAGCGUUGCACAAUUGGUGCCAAUUUUAGAGCAAGAAGAAGAAAAAAUAAGAACACGGUAAAAUAAAUUUAAAGCCAAUUUGAUUUUAGUAUAGCCAACCAUUGAGUGAGAUUGUUUGGCUGUGUACAACCAAUCACUGUCUCACAGUGCGGAUAAAGCUAUUCAUUAUGUCACUUCCUGCAUGCAUGACGCACAAUUUGGAAGGGGAAAACCAGUGCUUUAGAAAAUGAGGCCACUUUGUCCUUGCAAUAGUUUGCAAAUUGACGCUACUGUUUUAUGUAGCUUUUGAUUUGGAUGUAAUGUCCCAUUAACAAUAAAAAAAAAAAAAACAUGCAUUGCUUAAGGGGUUGCACUCAGCAUAUACACAAAUAAAACGUGUAUAGUGCUUGUGCUCACAUUUGAUUGACAGUGACGCUUGAAAAUGUUUGUCUUUUUUUUCUUUUCUUUUUUUUUUUUUUAAACCUUCCUGUGUCGUCUUUAAACAGAAAACGUGAAGAGUUGACACACUGAAGGUUAAAUAAAUUUCUAAAAACUAAGUAAGAAUAUUAACAUGCAAACUUUGUUUGGGUUUGUAUGCGACUGUGAGGAAGCAGUCUGUUUUCUUUGUAAAUGGUCAAUAAAGAUGCAUUUUUAUGAACAGCAUAACAACUGAGAAAAUACAAAUAUUGUUUACUUACGAGGUUGUUGCAUUGAAGGGACACUGAAUACAUUUCAUGCACCUCCCUCUAAUUUUGUGUCACCAAGUUUCACUACAGGUAUUUGAAGGACAGUUGCUACAUAUAUACAAAAAUGUUAGCACAGGAUUGCAAUAAGUUAGAAUUUUUUUUUUAUCGCGUGACCGGACCCAUGACUAGAGGGAGAAGGGGAAUAUCCUUAAAUACUGUGAUUUAUCAAAUGUAUUUGGCGUUUAAUGUUCUUUUAAAUAGACAAGUCUGAUCAGUCCCUGCAA